UUUUGGCUAAUGCCAUUUUUCUUUUUUUUCCCCUGCUAAUGUUGUCGCUGAAGGAACAUCAGCAGGUUGCAGCUUUGCUCUAUAACACCAUGGAUUUUAACGUGAAGAAGCUAGCCACCGGCGCGGGACUGUUCUUCACGCGCGCUGUCCAGUUCACUGAGGAGAAACUGGGCCAGGCGGAAAGGACUGAGCUGGAUGCUCACUUUGAAAACCUAAUGAGCCGCGCUGACUGCACCAAAAACUGGACAGAGAAGAUCUACAAACAGACUGAGUACCUGCUGCAGCCCAACCCAAUCGAUCAUACUGGUGCCAGAAUUGAGGAGUUUCUCUAUGAAAAACUGGACAUGAAGGCUCCCUCUAGAGUUACAAACGCUGAGCUGCUGGGUCAGUAUAUGGAAGAGGCAGCCAAGGAAUUUGGUCCUGGGACACCAUAUGGGAGCACUUUGAUGAAGGUCGGGGACUGUGAGAGGAGAUUAGGAGCAGUAGAGAGAGAGUUCAUACACACCUCAGCCAUCAGCUUUCUUACUCCUCUCAGGAACUUUCUGGAAGGAGACUGGCGAACUAUUUCAAGGGAGCGUCGUCUGCUGGAGAAUCUUCGCCUGGACCUGGAUGCCUGCAAAACACGCGUGAAGAGGGCGAAGGCGGCCGAGGCCAAGGCAGCGUGCGAGGGGGCAGUGGCUCCAGACUUCCAGGAAACCAGACCUCGCAACUAUGUGCUUUCUGCCAGUGCCUCAGCGCUCUGGACUGAGGAAGUUGAAAAAGCGGAACAGGAUCUCAGACUGGCUCAGACGGAGUUUGAUCGUCAGGCAGAAGUGACACGCCUGCUUUUAGAAGGAAUAAGUAGUACGCAUGUGAACCACCUGCGGUGCCUGCAUGAGUUUGUGGAGGCCCAGGCUGCUUAUUAUAAGCAGGGUCAUCUUCUGAUGAUGGAGCUUCAGAAGGAGCUGGGAAGGCUUCCGAAUGCCUUUGCCCUGAACUCCAAUCACUCCGCGGUCGCUCCAGCCGCCGCGUCAGAAGACGUCAUCAGCCCAGUGGAGACAGAGACGCUGAAGAUUGAAGAAGUUCAGGCUCCAGCUACAGGAACCCGCAAGGCCAAAGUGCUUUAUGAUUAUGAUGCUGCUGACUCAAGUGAACUCUCCCUUCUGGCUGAUGAGCUGAUCACAGUUUACACGGUGCCGGGGAUGGACUCCGACUGGCUGGUCGGAGAGAAGGGAAACCAGAAAGGGAAAGUGCCCGUCACAUACCUGGAACUUCUCAGUUAGAGCGUGCUCCUCACGCAUGUGCAUGAGCCUGAGCUGGCAUAACUGAAGCUUUUACUUCAAAGGAAAUCACACUUGCACUAACAAGUAUGCUUCAGUUACGCUCCUCUACAGUAUGACUUUGGAAGAGCCUUGCACACUCCACAGGAUGACGUAAGGUCAUAGCGACAGGAAUACAAUGAGAGCAGGAAAGUCCCUGCCUGGGAUCGGUGACAUUCCUUUCAGACAAGUUUUGGUGUUUCAUCACUAUUGUCAUAUUAAAGUUAUUGAUAUUUUUUCCUAUUUAUCGAUGUGCAUCUCAAAGAUUUCUUCAGAUGCAAACUUAUUUAUUUUCCAAGUGUUUUAUUUACGUUUUUCCUCAUGUUUUUUGGGGUCUUUCAGGUACUCUGUGGAAAGCCUUUUCAAAUAGUGCACAUUCCUGCUCUUUCUAAGAAUUUAUUCUGCAUCUGCAUAAAUACAUUUACCUGAAGCUAUGUUUGAUGUCAGUCAUGUAGUUUUAUUUCCUCAAUUCCUUUUGGUUUAAAGCGUGCACCAAAAUUUAAGCGAAACUCAACCUGCAUUUGAAUCAUAUAGUACUGACGUCCUGAUCUCCUAAACCACCAUAGAUUACAACACAAGGCUUACACGAUUCUGUUUUUGGUUUCUUUUAAACACUUUGACGAGAAUAGAAUCUAUUUUUUUCCUUUUCCUUUUUAAGGAACGCAAUGCUUAAUCGCUAAAGAAUUCAUGUGCAGCACAUUCUGGCAAAUUAUGGUCUUUGAUUCUUUUCCAUCCUCGACUAUUAAGGGGAAAAUCUGCCUUAUUUGCAGAGUAAAAACGAUGAAUGUUUUCAGAAAUAUUGCUUGCUGUAUACCUUUUCACCACUCUGCAGAUUCCCUCAUUUAAGAGUCUAAAACCAUAUUCAGUGAAUUAAAAUACUGCCUUACAUUGAUAGAAGGGUACUGUUCACAGAAUGUGCUCUUCAAGCCAGCAUGCAAGACUGUACUUUUCCUUCAUUAUACCAAGUUUGGUUCUGGUAGUUUGUCCUUUACUCUUUUCUUUGAACCCCCUCAGCCUUGUUUGUUCACUCAUACCUUAAAGUGUCCUCAGACUUUGCUGCAUGUGCUUUAAGCUGCUGUAGUUGCCUGUCUUUCUGGGAGUGUGUGUGAGUGAGAAGAACGAUGUGGGAUCUAAACUUCUAGAGCACCAGACCUCACAUCCACUCUGUGUAUGCAUGAACCUUUAUUACCUCCUAACCACUGGUAUUAUGAGUUUUUGUGAAAUAAGUUUUAGCUUAAGAGGAAUGUAACCACCUUGUCUUUCUUGCCUUGUUCCUUUUUUUUUUAACAAAAGUGCUACUGAUGUAUCAUUAUUUUGCCGGUGUUCUUGUUUUGGCUGUUCUUAUAUAAAUGAGUAAAUCACUUAAUAAA